GCCACCAUGGCCUCGUUUCCUCCCGUGCCCUUCCUCCCUCGCACGAUUCUCAAUUCGCCUUGCUAACCAUCUUGCAAAAGGUGCUGCGCCAGAAACAUCUCACUCACUUUAGACAUUCCACUUGCCACACGAGGGAAAACGAGGAUAACUGACAGGGAAUAUCUUCUCUCCAGGAUUCCUUGGCUAGCUCCUCGCCUCGGCCUCCUCGUCUCUUCUAGUGAAUAGUAACUCGUCUUACCUAGAACCCACCUGGACGGCUAUGCGCGUCGCCUCCAUUCGCCUCUCAGUCGGCUACUGAGCCGCACGUUGCUUACGACGGUGACGGUGGCGUGGCCGAACUUGAGGUUGAACUGGACGCCGUAGGUCGCUCGAGUCUCGAGUCUAGCGCACCGAGCGUAAUACAGGCGGACAGCUCAGCCGCUCGCGUCUCGUUUUCUCGGUUGCUCGAGCCUCGUUCCUCAGUCGCUCGCGUCUCUCCGCAGCGCGCUUACCAGUGGAUGAAGCCGUCAGGGAGCUUGUCGCCGUCGUCGGCCGCCAUGUGUAAACGCGAGGGGGGGGGCGACGCGUCGAGGCUGUCGGAGAGCGAGAAGGAGAAGACGAAGCUGCGCGAGCGGCAGCGGCGCGCCAUAACCACCAAGAUCUUUGCCGGCCUGCGCAAGUACGGCGGCUACAACCUGCCCCCGCGCGCGGACAUCAACGACGUGCUCCGCGCGCUCGCCGCGGAAGCCGGCUGGGUCGUCGAGGCCGACGGCACCACCUACCGCUCCCCCGGGUCGCAGCCACCCACUCGCCACUCGUCGCUUCACAGUCGCACGGCGGCUGCGAUCGCCGCUGGCUCGCUCGCCAUGUACCCGCCGCAGCAGCAGCCGCAGCUAGCGCCGCAGCCGCAGUUGACGCAUCUACAACCGUCCGCGCAUCUGCCGCAUUCCGCGCACCCGCAUGCGCUUCCCCAACUCGCCGCGUCGCCGUCAGGCGCAACCCCAUCCGUUCUGCCCAUGUCGCCGCGCGAGGCUUGCUCCUCCGCUCCGCUCGCCGGCUCUCCGCCGUCCACCGGCAGCCCCGCGCUGCUUCCCCGCUCAUCCCCGCCUACCGUACCCGCUUCCGCUGCAGCGUCCGGCAGUGGCGCGGCGGGGGGAACCGGCGGAGGUAUGGCAGGCGGAAGCAUGAGUGGCGCGGGCAUGUGCGGAAGCGGAAUGAUGGCGGGGAUGAGCGGGUUCGGCCUGCCCGGCGGCUUCCCCUCUAUGCACCUUCCGCACGGCAUGCUUACGCUCAUGCCGCAUCCGCCAGGCACUUCCGCCGCCGCUGCGGCUGGCGGAAUGAGCGCGUUUGCCAUGGGCAUGGGGCCGGGCGGGAUGGGCACGGGUAUGAGCGGGGGCUUAAGCGCAAACAUGGGCGCGGGCACGGGUCUGAGCGCGGGGGACAUCAAGAUGGAUGUUCACGGCGGAAUGCUGAUGGCGGGGACGAAUGCGGCGGGCGGAAGCAGCGCGUGCAUGAUGGGCAUGCUGGGGGGCGCGGGGGAUCCCAUGGCUGCUGCCGCCGCGGCGGCCGCGGCUGCCGCAAGUGGCGGGGGAAUGGGCGGCGGAAUGGGCGGCGCAAUGAUGCUUCUCCCCGGAUUUCACUCGUUGCCCCAUGGCGCGGGCUCCGCUGCUGCGGGGGGAAACAUGGGCGGGAUCAUGGGGCCCCUGGGGGAGCUACACAUGGGCGGAGGGUUGCUGAGCGGAGGGGGCGGGGGGAGCACUAUGCUAGGGGCGGAGGGGGAGGUAUCGCUGUCCCCGUCGUCUGAUAUCACUCUGUCCGCAUCCAUGGUAUCCUCGCUACAAGCAGUCGCAGCCUCUCAACACCAACAGCAACAACAACAACACUACGAAGCCCACCAACAGCAGCAGCAGCAGCAGCAGCAGCAACUCCAGCAGCACCAGCAUCAACUCCAUCAGCAACAUCAACAGCAGCAACAACACCUGCACCAGCAGCAGCAGCAGUAUCACCAUCAGCUUUCGGCUGCUGCUGCUGCUCAUGCUGCUGCGCAUGCCGGUGCUGCUGGCAUGCCUGCUGGGCUCGCAGGCAUGGCUUCAGGCACCACUCGCGGGCAGAUCGCCGCCCGCCCAUAAAUACUCUCCCCCCUUGUCUUGUCGUAAGACGGCCACGUUCGAUGGAACACCUUCCCUGGGUGUCAAUGUCAUCCCAUACCAAGACACUCUUGUUGGAAGGUACAUCUGCUGGGCUGUGUCACUCUUCUCAGGCGUACCAUGUGCGGCUGCACAUGCUUCUGCCUGCUCCCCACGUUUACAGCAGGGCAAAGAGCCCGACCCAGCGUUGCCUCCCCUUUCUUUUAAUCCUUUUGGUUUGCCUAACGCUUUUGAUUUGCUGCGUUUUUGUGUGCAUAGGAGUGUGCGUAGGAUGUGUGCAUAGGAUGUGUGGCUCUAGGGUGCCAUGCCAUCAGCAAGUGUGAAGUCAGUUGUGUGAAAAAGAGCAAGCCAACAGUGGCUUGCUCUGUGUGCCUCAGUUUACAGCCGCAGACUCUUUCGCGGUUCUCAAGUUUGCUUGUGUGCGUUUCCAAGUGUGUUGAUGGAAAUUGGUGGUUGCAAUUCUUUUGUUGC